ACACAACGAUCGCACACACUUGGCCAGGCGACCUGCUCAGAUGCAUCCCACGAAACGACGAAGAGUCUCUGCAGAACCACCCUCAAGUCCGGCUGCCUCGGAUGCAGAGGUGCUCAGUGAACAAGGCCCCUCUUCAAAUAGAGAAGUCGACGAUGAGCAAGAUUGGGUGUCCGCCUCUGAAGAACAGUCGGCGGACGAACACGGUUCCCCAGACACAGAAGAUGAGAUAGCUCAGGCCAAGCGGUCCAAAUCCAAGAAGACGUUAAAACGGAAACGUCGCGCGACCGACCCUUCCAGCUUUGGUACCACUUUGCAGUCUCUACUGAGCACUGAGACUCCUACCACACUUCCUUUAUCAUUAAAACCCUCUCUCAACCGCAAGCGUAACGAUGAGAAGCUCGAGUUGAAAGCGAAGAAGGUUCUGAGGACAGAGAAAAAGGAGAAGGAUGAAAAGGGCAGAAUCCGUGACGUGAUUGGAGGGUGGGGAGGGGAGAGCGAGAGAGCAUUACGAAAAGUAGCGCAAAGAGGAGUGGUGAAGUUAUUCAACGCCAUUCAGCAGACUCAGGCCGCGUCUGCGGUCGCGGCUGAGCAGGCCAAGGCGAACAGGGGAACUGGAAAGCCUACCUUACCUGCUCCUGACUUUAGCAAAAAGUCCAAGGGGAAACACAAGACUAAGAAUGAAGUCUCUAGCCAUAGUGGGGGUAAGGAAGCCACCCUAGACAAGGAUAAUUUCCUGGAUAUCAUUCGCUCCGGAGGGUUAGUUUCGAAGGCGUAGUUCUUGGGGACCGUUUGUCUGUUGGAGGGCGUAGUCCAGCCGUUCACCCGGUUCUUGACCGUCUUGCCGUCAUGCGUCUUGGAAUAUGUGCUACGAGCACAGGGCCGACGGUGUCCCUGACCAGCCCCCCAUUCCAUAGCUAUGGCUUCGUCGGCCUCGUGUGUUCUAUAUAGCACUUCGUGUGUGCCGGUGCAUGCCAGUGUAUGCCACAUGUACCCUAAAAUCACGCUUAUUCGGUUCCGC